AUGGAAAAGUCAUUAGAAGCGAUUAUUCCAGAGAUAAUAUUCACAGAAGGAAGUGCAGAUAUACCACAACCAAUAGCAAAAGAAGUUGUGUCUGUUGUUCUGCAACAAUUGCGAGAUGGCGUUGAUGUGAAAUCUCGCGAAGAGGCAGUACAAUUAGAACAAAAAGCAAACGAAAAGGUAAAAGAUCUGAUCAAUUCCAACAACCUCAAAUCUGGAUCUCUGCAUCAAUUCACUGUCUCCCUUUUGAAACAUUCGAAAGAUCCAAGAAGACUGCCAAUCGCAUCCCGACUUUUCAUCAUCGCGUUCGAUCGCGAUCCUCUAACGAUGCCCGAUCCGACAGCCGCUACCAUGCAAGAAGGAUCACCAUUGCAUGCAGCAACACAAUGGGGAACAAAUGCAGCCGGAUACAAUUGGGCUUCAAUGGUAUUGUCUGGACAGGCAUCUCCACCGGUCGGAUUGCAUUUAUUGGAACGUGGAUCAGCGGAAACAAGAGAUGCAAUCAAGGAUCAACAAGCAGCAGCUAUUCGAGUAUAUGCAACUUUGGCUACUCAAGGAGAUGCACAAGGUAUGCUGGGAAUGGGUCGUAUCUUGCUUGCUAGUGCACGCAAGACUGACGAUGGAAAGGAAGAUGAACAAACACAAAAAGCACAAUCGGAAAUGAUGAAGAGCAGAGCUAUCCUUCUAUGGACAAAAGCAGGAGAGAAAGGAUUGACGGAAGCUUGGUUCGAACUGGGCUUACUUUCGUUGAACUCGAUGAAAGAAGGAAGUGCAGAAGAAGAGAACGUGAAACAUUCCCAGACCGCACAGGGAUACUUUGAACGUGGAGCAGACAAGGAUAACGUUCGUUGUCAUCACGCGUUAGCAAUCAUGUUGGCUCAAAGGGCAAUGAUGGAUAAUACCUCACCUUCAUCACCCGAGAGAAAUCUUUGCUUGCAAAAAGCAAUUGAGCAUUUCCAGAAAGCUGCCAAUUUGGGCGAUGGUCAAAGUGCACAUGAAGUUGGAAUGCGAUACUUAUUGAGACAAGAGAUGUUGGAAGAGAUUGGCUUGGGAAGUGAGUCGGACGGAAGAGAUGCGGAAAAGGUACGAGAACAGGCAAAGGAACGUCAUUUAGGAUUAUGGGGUGUUAAACCGGAUGACGUAACGGCGAAAGAAUGGUUUAGCAAAGGUGCUGAUGCUGGGUUUAUGCCAGCAAUGAUGAACUUUGCUGGAAUGCUGUAUGAAGGAAGAGGUGCAGCUCCUCCUGUUGCAGGUGAAGAUGCAAACGUUGUUCGAUUAAAAGAACUCAAGAAAGCUGAAUCUUUGUAUGCCAAAGUAGCAGCGCAAGCAGGAAUCAUGGCACAACAACAACAAAAAUCCAUGGCCGGCGGUAGUGGUGAAGAUCAAAUGGCCUCAGCAUCUGCUCAAAUGACGGCAGAGAUGGCAACAUUUGCACAAGAUGCGUUGGGAAAGGUUCAAGAAGCGAUGAAAGAGUUGUCAGGUGAAGUGUAA